AAUAAUUGAUGUUUAUAUAUGGAGCGUUCAAAACACGGAACAAUGGGCGUAUCGUUUCCAAUAUAUUGUCUCCCAAAAGAAAGAAGCGGUUCUGAACUGCGUGAAACGAGCCGUCAGUAAUCCCUGCCUCACUUCCUGCAGAAAAGCUCUUCACAAGCCUGCUUAUGGCUAUCAAAUUUGCAUCAUGCCCGCCUAUGGUUUUCAUUGGCUGUCCGCGAGCAACGUGUGCUUUGACCCGCCCUCAAACGCUGUAGUUGUAGCUGAGGCCCGGAAGAGUUUGGUUCGUUCGUGUUGUUAUCAUGUCUAGAAGGCGCUGUUUUCUGCGCUGCGAAAGCAAAUCCUCUUUGCAUUUACUCCCAAAGCACGAGGAAGUGAAGAGUCAGUGGUUAAAGUUCAUUUUUACAGUGACACCACAUCAGUAUAUCUCCAAUAACCUUUUGUUGUGCUCUCGUCAUUUUACUGAUGGCUGCUUCUUAAAUCUUGGUGAGGUCAACGCGGGAUUUGCAAAACGCUUAUUUAUUAAAGAUGGGGCAGUGCCCACUUUAUUCGGACCUUCCCGCGCUUCAGCAUCACAACUUGGCAAUUCUGGAAAAAGUGGGCUCGCUGGGGAAGGUGGCACUGUUGCAAGACCCCUCAAAACAUGGCACAGUUUAAAAGAUUCCAAGUGUCCAGGGUCAUGUGAGGGUGUGAGUCGUGGGAAACCCACUGCUGCAAUGUGCUUUACUUUGUUUGCGACACACGCUCAAACGUCUGCAACAUUUGAUCUUCUGCAUUCUACUGCGGGUCCCAAGAAAAUUACUACAAAUGUCAUGGAAGAUGUUACAGCCAGUUGUGACGAAGAUCUUGAUAUUUGUGACCUGGACAGUGUGGCCAGCAGUGUGGACAGCACAGCAGAGGAGAUGUUUAUUGAUGGUCUUGACCCUGUUCUAGAUGGGCCUUCACAUGACAUUUACUCACCAGAGGAGGACUACGAUUCAGAGCCUUCACAUGACAUAUACUCACCAGAGGAGGACUGCGAUUCAGAGCCCAGCUCACAGCAGAGAAAGAGAUCACGUCUGUCUUCUACAUGUUCUGCUGCUGGAGGAGAUGGCAGGGAGAGUGAAAAUGAUGGCUUAUCAACAGAAAGGUGGCGCAGCUUAGAUGAAACAGAUGUUGAACCGCUUCAGCUAGACUUCACACCUGUCCAAGAACCUGGACCAAAGUUUUUACCAAGCAAUUGUAGCAGUCCUCUCCAGUUUUUUCAGCUGUUCUUUCCAAAAACAAUGAUGCAGUCUAUUGUAGGGCACACAAAUGUCUAUGGGAGCAAGUGCAAGGAUGUGGGUAAUCCUUGGCUCUACAUUUCUCUGAAAGACUUGAAGUCGUACAUAGGACUGGUAAUAUACACAGGUCUUUUGAAGUGCUCUUUACUGACAGAAUAUUGGAGGGAGUCCCAGUACUUCAGUCCAUCCUUGCCUGCGCAUGUCAUGUCUUAUCAAAAAUUUGUGACAAUCGCCAAUACUCUUCAUUUCAGCAAUACCAUCGAAGAUGAGAAAAAUUACUUGAAGAAGGGAACAGCAGCCUAUGAACGGUUCGGUAAAAUUCUACCUCUAUAUCAACUCAUUCGAGAGGCCUGCAAGACCCAUUUUCAUCCCUUUCAGAACAUCACCAUUGAUGAAAGAAUAGUGGCAGCACAGCCUAGAACUGGACUGAAACAAUCCAUGGAAGACAAAUCUACAGAUAGAGGAUACAAACUCUUUGCACUGACAGACUGCAUCUGUGGCUAUACGUGGGACUUCUUAAUUUACGAGGGGAAGUCAUGUGCGUCACAGAAUGUGGGCCUGAGCUAUGAGUCUGUUAUGGCAUUGAUGGAUGAAAAUAUGUUGGGUUCUGGGUACAAACUGUUUGUGGACAAAUUUUACACCAGCCCCACACUCUUCAGGGACCUCUUGUGUAAAAAGUUCUGGGCUUGUGGCCCUGUUUUGUCGACCAGGAAGGGUUUCCCAAAAAUCUCAGUGAAUAGAUUGUCGAAGAACGCUCCACGCGGCACCAUGCGCUGGAUCAGGGAUGACAAUCUUCUGUUUAUUGAGUGGAAAGACUCACAGGAAGUGCAGAUGUGCUCCACCUUCCAUAAAGCUUAUGAAGGUGAUACUGUGCAGAGAAAGGUGAAAGACGAUGCACUUCGGACCCUUAAGGAGGUUCCCAUUCCAGCUGUGGUGCUGGACUACAACAGGAAUGUGGGGACAGUGGAUCCAUCCAGUUUCAUCACUGGACAUUACAGAGUUCUACAUAAACCAAAACAGUGGUAUCAGUGUGUUUUUUAUCACCUUUUGGACAUUGCCGUAGAGAAUGCGUUCAUUUUGCAUGAACUGGCGGCCAAGAGAAAAAAACAAAAAACUCUGACACGGAAGACAUUCUUCGAGAUGCUUGUUUUAGAGCUUACAGAAAUGGAUGCUGAGAACAGGUUUGAAUCUGCAUCAGUUUCCUCGGCUCCCAUCUCGUCUUCUCCUUCCGCUCCUGUUUCAGCUCCUCCCUCAUCUCCCGAAUCAUCACUUCCUGAAGGAACCCACAGGCCCAAGCACUUCAAGCCAGACAGUGCUCUCGGUAGGCGCAAGUGCAAGCUCUGCCACCUGAAAACUCCAGUCAUGUGUGUGACUUGUGAAGUGCCAUUGUGCUUUCAACCCAAGCGUGACUGUUUUAAUCAGUGGCAUGAAUAUAAGGUUUUUAUUCAUGAUGGGUUCAAAUUUGAAUAUACGUAAAUAUGUUUGGUUUACCCUGCUUCAUUUCCUGACACUUAUUUGAAUAUUUAAGUAAAAGUUUUGUUCUAAAAUGGAAACAAGUAUGGGUAGUAUUUCUAAUAUCAUCUGCUUUUACAGUCAGUGCUGCUAACGUGUCUACUUUUGCCACAGAAUAUGUGGAACAAUCAAUGGAGGACAUAAAGGUCUUGUGGAAUUAUGUCAAUGUCAGUGCUGCACUACCUUUCAAACGUUUGGGGCUGAUCAUUUUUCACAGAG